AUGGAGGUUCAGCAUACACCAGGUUGGUAUGCUAGCAUACAGACCUGGAAUUUAUAUUUUAUGAGAAAAAUUAUGUUCAGCAUACACCAGGUUGGUAUGCUAGCAUACAGACCUGGUAAAAAAAAUAAUCAAAAAGAAUUGGAGGUUUUGCAUACACAAGCCUAUGUAGAUGCAGGAAAGGGCCCAGUCCAAACUGUGAACUUUAUAACUGCUCUCAACUUACCUACUGUCAGUAUUACCACGUUAAAAUCCAGAGAAAGAGAAAUUGGAAAAACCCUUGAAGAAUACGCUAAAUGGUCAUGUCAGAAAGCUUUAGAAAAAGAAAUAGCACUGAGCAAAAUACCAGAAACCACUGCUAAUAUCGCAGGUAAUGAGGAAACUGGAGUAGACGGUCAAGAUGCAAUACAUGUAUCGUUUGAUGGUGCUUGGCAAAAACGUGGUAGUGGUAGAUGUUAUAACAGUCUCACAGGGCAUGCAACUUUACUGGGUGAGACGACUGGAAAAUGUGUAAACUUUGGUCUUAAGUAUGGGGAUUGCAGGAAAUGUGACCGUGUAGAUGAAAAAGGAGAUGGCCAUGAUUGCAGAAUAAAUCACCAAGGAAGUGCAAAAUCAAUGGAAUCUGAGCUAGCUGUACAAAUGGUGAAGGAUAUACAGAAAACAGGCUGUGUUGUAAGCAGCAUUACUAUGGAUGAUGACAGCACAACAAUUGCAAGGCUUCGCAAAGAGGUUAAUGCUGAAAUAAUGAAAUUUAGUGACAGGAACCAUGUUAGGAAAAAAGUAUCGCGAGAUCUCAUAGGACUACAGGAAAAGCACAAAAUUUCGAUGAAUGUUGUAAACUACCUUACAAAAGACUUUUCAUAUGCUCUCUCUCAAAACAAAGGAAAUCCGGAAAAUCUAAGAAAAGUUUUGAAAUCCAUCAUCCCUCAUGCAUUUGGAGACCAUAUAUUGUGUGAUAAAACGUGGUGUCAAUAUCACAAAAAUCCUGACACGUACAAGCAUAAAAGUCUACCAUACGGUAAAAAUUUGACUGGAGAAGAACUGAGGAACGAGCUCAACAAACUUUUCGACAUAUAUGCAUCCAACUCUGAAAAAUUGUCUCAUUUAGGUAGUUCUCAAGGAAAUGAGUCGUUGAAUAAUAUGAUCGCUUUGAAGGCACCAAAAGCGAAACAUUUCGGCGGAAGUGAGUCUUUGGCGUUCCGUGUUGCCUCUGGUGUUGCACAGAAGAACGAGGGUCGCUCAUAUAUUACAGAGGUGAAUGAAUUGCACCAUCUGUCUCCUGGAAAAUAUACUGUAUUACAACGACAACGUCUUGAGAGAAAGCGAAAAUCAGAGAGAGAAAAAGAGACCACAAGAACGGCUAAGUUGAAAAGAAUGUCGAAAAAGGGCAGAAAAAUCAAGAAAGAAAAAUCAAAAGAAAUAAGAGAAGGGAAAACUUACGAAUCGGGCGUAUCAUCUGCUACUACCUUUACAAACACUGAUGACAAUAUCAUUGAGUUUAUACCCCCACCUGAACCAGAAGCUGAAGCUUGGCCCAUACCAUUAAAAGAAACGACAUGUGUCUAUUUUGACCUAGAAACAACAGGAUUCGGAAUCUGCUCUGAUAUAAUACAAAUUGCAGCAGCAUAUGAACAGAACACAUUCUGUCGUUAUAUAGUUCCGAAACAAGCCAUCACAUGUUCCGCUGCUAAAGUUACUGGUUUUUCAAAAAGUGGCCAAAUAUUAUACCGGAACGGUGAAAUCAUGCCAACAGAUGACAUACAAGACAGUCUUAAAGAAUUUAUUAAUUGGUUACCUGACAACUGUAUAUUACUUGCGCAUAAUGCAAAGCUGUUUGAUUCCAGAGUUAUAGUUUAUUCAAUGGAGAAUAAUUUAUCAUUUAAUAGUUUUAAACAAAAAUGUAAGGGUUUUGUUGACUCGUUACCUUUAAUGAGAACUGUGCUUCCAGAAAGGAAACAAACGGGGAAACGAUUUAACCAGGAGAGCUUAGUAUUUGAUAUUCUAGGCGUAAAAUACGACGCACAUAAUGCAGUGGGAGAUGUCAAAUCCCUCAAGCAACUAGUAGAACAUUUCGCGCUUACACAUGAGAACAUUACACCACACUCUUUCUCGGUGGAAUAUGUUUUACUAUCUGUCAGACAACUGAUUUUGUUCAAUAAGAGACUGGCGUCGUUCACUAUACCGGCGUCAGUUUUAUCUAAAGGGAUGGUACGGAAAAUGGCGAAAUCCGGACUGGAGCAGCGCCAUUUAAUAUUGGCAAAUGACCGCGAAGGGUCUGAUGGUGUUGCCAAUCUGCUAUCGGAACUUUUUUUUGGAAAACCCAGAGUCACAAAAGACAGAAAAAUUAUAUCAUCAGUUACUUCUUAUUUUGAGUCAAGACAUUAA